CUGCGCCGAGGCUCUCCUCCAGCCGGACUGAAGCGAUGCUGCGAGGCUGAGAUGAUGGAGAGCUCGCUCGCAGCUGCCCAGGCUCUCUGAUACAGCGCCUCUUCACAAGGAUGGACGGCAGUGUCUUCCCCGACCAAGAGCAGCUGCUGGGUUUCCUGAAAAAGCUCAAAGAAGUGUUCGACGUGUGCGACGAGGACGCAGACGGAUAUAUUCGUGUUGAGCACUUCGUGGACCUCGGUCUACAGUUCGGCCAGGGAGAUGAAGUGGAGAAGUUGGCCAAGUACCUGGAUCCCAACGCUCAUGGCAGAAUUAACUUCAAAGAUUUCUGUCAUGGAGUGUUUGCAAUCAAAGGCUGUGAGGAGAUCCUGAAAUCAGCUCUUGGGACCCCCAACAUCAGUGCACAACCAUACCAGACGGACAAUGGCUACUACUAUCAGCACGGGGAGGGGCGUCUGGGACCCCCGAUCAUUGUGUGUACGCGGCCGUACCCAGAGUGCCAGCUCUAUUCUGAUGAGGACGCAAUGGGCGGACGGGACGUGCAGGAGGCAGACAUGGACAGUGCAGGAGACAGCGGGGCAGGGUCCGAAUCUUCUGAAGGAGGACGUCAUGAUGAGAAAGGAGGAGGACUGGGAGGACUCUUUCUGCGUGGAAACAAGUCAGCAUCAUUAAUGAUUAGCUGUGGUCAGAUGGUGUCGUCAGCAGCCGCUUCAGUGAUCUCAGUGGAGGAGCAGUUUGAGGACUAUGGAGAGGGAGAAGAUGUGGACUUCACUCCCAGCAGCCCCAUCCCUGAUGAUGACACACGCACCAAUGGUUUCUCUGACUUGGGCUCCUCUCUGCCCUCCAGUGCGGGUCAGACCCCUCAGAAGAUCAGGCACCUGUACAACAGCGAGCUUCUGGAUGUUUACUGCUCUCAGUGCUGCAAGAAAGUCAACCUGCUCAAUGACCUAGAGGCAAGACUCAAGAACCUCAAAGCUAACAGCCCAAACAGGAAAAUUUCCAGUACAGCCUUUGGUCGACAGCUCUUCCACCACAGUAACUUCAGCAGCAGUCAGGGCAGCACAGAGGACCUGUUCAGAGACAGCAUCGACUCCUGUGACAUUGACAUCACCGAGAAGGUGAGUUAUUUGGAAAAGAAGAUAACAGAGCUUGAGAAUGACAGUCUGGCUAAUGGAGAUUUGAAGUCCAAACUUAAACAGGAAAACACACAACUAGUUCACAGGGUACAUGAGCUGGAGGAGCAGAUCAAAGAUCAGGAGACGCGUGCGGAGCAAGGUUUAGAGGAGGAGCUGAAGAGACACAGAGAGGCCUACAGUAAGAUGGAGAGAGACAAGAGUACUGAGAUUGAAAUGCUUAGCAACAGGGUCCAGCAGCUAGAAGAGGAGAACGCAGAGAUGAAAGUUAAUGUGUGCAGACUCAAGUCUCAAACUGAGAAACUGGACCAGGAGAAGCAGCGUAUGACAGAUAAACUGGAAGACACAAGCCUGCGUUUGAAGGAUGAGAUGGAUCUGUACAGGAAAAUGAUGGAUAAACUUUGGCAGAACAGACAUGAGUUUCAGAAGGAGCGAGAGGCCAUGCAGGAGCUGAUUGAGGACCUGCGGCGUGAACUGGAGCACUUGCAGCUCUUCAAACUGGAGACUGAGAAGCCCGGCCGUGGACGCAGCGCCGCAGGACUGUCCGAGUACAACGCCAAGACUCGAGAGAUCGAACUGGAGCAUGAAGUAAAGCGGCUUAAGCAGGAAAACCAUAAACUCAGAGACCAGAACGAUGAUCUGAACGGACAGAUUCUCAGCCUCAGUCUUUACGAGGCCAAAAACCUGUUCGCAUGUCACACCAAGGCCCAGUCACUGGCAGCAGAGAUCGACAAUGCCUCCAGAGAUGAGCUGGUUGAUGCUUUGAAAGAACAAGAGGAGAUCAACUUCCGUUUAAGGCAGUACAUGGACAAGAUCAUCCUGGCUAUCCUCGACCACAACCCCUCCAUUUUAGAGAUCAAGCAUUAGGCUCCUGAGAGCGGAUAGAGGACUCACACUCGGCAGAGAGCUCCCCCUUCUGGCCAGGGGUGUGAAAUGCACCGCAUCUGCCCCCUUACACCAAGUCAUCAUGUAUUUACAGAGCAAAAGGUCAUGUUUCUCGUGUGCUCCGUCUCACACAUGGGUCACGGUCUCCCUCACUAUUCAUGUCAUCACGCUGAGCGUUUAGGCUGUAGAACUGACAAAAACAUGUGCUGAAACUAGAAACUAGAGUAGAAGUGUACUUUUCACUCUCAGUUAUAUACACACUACCUCUGAGUAUGUACAACUCAGUGUUGUAUUCUACACAUGAACAAAACAAGUACACUUAUAUUAAAUAUCACACCGUGUAGGAGAGCUUUACAUGCACCCUAUGGCAUGUGUGGGGUUUGUUAAUAUUAUUUAAGCAUUUAAUCAGCCCUCAAGAAUUUCUUUCAGUUUUAAUCAAUGGACUGGGCAACGGGAAGACAUACUGAAAUAAUCAGCAGAUAAGGGGACUUCUUUUGAAUGUUCUCUGCCAACAUACAUUGUGGUCUGCUGUUGAAACAAUAAUAAAAUGCCAGUCCAUCCCAAGAUCCCAACACUGCUGUUAAUGGCUGAUGCUUUUAGUCUGGCUGAAAUGAUCUUACAGCUUCUAACUAACUAACUAACUAACUAACGGGUCUGUGCUUACAGUACUAUCAGCUUCCUUUCUGUAGAGAAGCACAGGUGAACUAAGUGAGUACAGCCGACACAGUUAUACAAUAUAGUAUAUACGUAUAGAAAGACAACUCGAUUGAAAAUGUCAAAAAAGAAAGGUUUAUUUUUCUUAGAUGUUUGGAUGAAAUGGUCCGCUGAAGUUUAAGGAAGAGAUGGAUGUUAUAAAUGAUGAAUGAGAGGUAAAUGAUUAUGAUAUAAUUAUGUCUUCUUGUUGAACAAGAACUAUAAAAGUCCCCCAAAUGAUGGUCAUAAUACAGUCUGCUUUAAACAUUUAGAUCAGGGUCAGUGUCUGUACUAGAACAAUGCAUUGUCUGAAAUAAAAAAACAUA